AUGGUGGAGCCAAGGUACACUUAUCUAUACGUUCCCAGUGAGGAGUCACAAAAAGCAAUCAGCAUCCUAAUGGUCUUGUCAGCAAUUCUGUCGUUGGUUGGUUCCUCCUGCAUCGUUUAUCAUGUCCGACACAACAGCAAGAGUACGCCUUAUCGAAGAAUAAUGCUUGGGACGAGCGUCUGUGACAUUGUAUCUACGAUUGGCUACGCCUUACAGCCAUAUGUGAGCCUUCGUGGAGAACCGAGCUCCUUUGUCUGGUCGUUCGGAAAUGCUGCUUCUUGCUCCCUCAUUGGUGCACUGGCCCAGUUUGGGUUUUCGGCUCAUCUAUACUCAGCUGCACUUUCCUACUACUUUCUGUCAACCAUUCGUUAUGGUACUCGAGAAGCUACCUUUGCCAAAAAGUACGAGCGAUGGAUUCAUUUCACGAUUGUCUCGUGGUCUCUGGUGACCUCGAUCAUUGGCGUGGCUUUGGAUGUCUUUCAUCUAAAUGAUUUAGGUCCCGGAUGUUGGGUCAGUGGUGCUCCCUUUGGUGAAUGCACUGGCUUUCGGUGCUGGGCGGAACCAAUAGCGUGGGUGAUGGGUGGUAUUCCAACGCUGCUGUCGUUCUUUACUGUGUUGAUCAACAAUUUGAGACUGUAUUGUUAUGUGCGAAUAACAGUGAGGGAAGGACAACGAAAAGCCUUAAAAAAAGAGAGCCAGAUGACAUCCUAUAGAAUACACAACCAUCAACAAGUACAGGAUAAUGAUCCAAUUGAUACUUCCACUGACAAGGAGACCAGUACGACGACAAAGUCCAGUGUACUAACAUCUUCUGAGAAGCAAUGGAAACGGGUACGAGAAGUGGGUAGACAAUCCUUUCUCUAUGUUGGUGCCUACUUGCUUUCCUUCUUUUGGACCAUUGUCAAGCAAGCGCUUGAUGGCCAACAGUUUGAGAGAUCUCCGGGAUCGGGCACCUAUCUGUUACCAAUAUCGAUAUUACAGGCCAUCUUUCUUCCAGUCCAAGGACUCUUCAAUGCGUUGAUUUUCUUUCGACCCAAGUACAAACAAGCUCGACAGAGGCAUGGUGCACAAUCUCGACUAUGGUUGGCUAGGAGAGCCGUACUCGGAGGAAACAUGCGCCCAAUCGAGACCAACACAAUAGACCCAAUGAGUCGCCGUAGUACUGCAACUAGAGCUAAAGCAGCGAGCCAACCUAGUGCCACUGAGUCGGCAGUGGAGCAGCCUAGUGCCUCUGAACCGUCUGCUGCUGGGCAAAACCGCGUGAACUUUACCGGGGAAGUUGUGUCGUGCUGCUCGAGUGCCAUGACAGAUGCUCCACAAACUGCUUCGUCGGCGCCUGCCGAAGAGCAUCCAACAGAGUCAACAGAAUAG